AUGGAUCAAUUGACAAUAAAAACCCCAUUACUGCCAUUUAGAGAACCGUUAAACGGCGGACCCACUUUUCUGUUGAAAUAUGAGAAUUUACAGCCAGGCGGAAGCUUCAAAUCAAGAGGAAUUAGUCAUCUCAUCAAGACGACAAUGGAUUCCAUAUCUGAUCCUGAAAACGAAUUAGCUGUUUAUUCAAGUUCUGGUGGGAAUGCUGGGCUUGCAGCUGCUCGUGCAUGUGCUACCUUGAAAGUACCAUGCACUGUUAUUGUCCCUAAAUCGACAAAGCCAAGGAUGAUUAAGAAAAUAGAGUCAGCAGGUGCUAAGGUCGUGAUCUUUGGUGAUCAUUGGAAAGAAGCUGACACGUAUUUAAGAGAAUAUGUCAUGAGACAGUCUUCGUAUUCAAAUACUCUUUAUGUGCACCCUUUCGAUAACCCCAUUAUCUGGGAUGGUCAUUCGACAAUGAUUGAUGAAAUCAUUGAACAGCUGGCGGAAUCCCAUACUGACAUCAAUGAUGUAAAAGGGAUUGUGUGCAGCGUUGGAGGAGGCGGUCUGUACAAUGGGGUCGUUAAUGGAUUAGAAAGACAUGGAUUGGCGGGCUCAAUUCCUGUUUUUGCCAUGGAAACCGAUGGGUGUGAUGUAUUGAGCAAGUCUUUGAUAGCUGGUGAACCCGUAGUAUUGGAUAGAAUCAGUAGCAUAGCUACUUCUUUGGGAUCAACCGAAAUAUGCGCAGACUCUUUUCAAAAGGCUAUUAAAUUUUCGUCGAAGUCAAUUGUCUUAGAUGAUAAGAAUGUUGUUGAUACUUGUUUGAGGUUCUUUGAUGAGACCUCGAUUUUGGUCGAACCAGCAUGCGGUGCUUCGUUACAUACUUGUUAUCGUCCUGAACUGUUAGGACCAUUGGGACCAGAUGAUAUCGUAGUAGUUAUCCUUUGCGGUGGAUCAUGCAACACUUAUGAUGAUCUAAAAAGUUUCCAUUGA